UCGCGCUGUGCGUUCGACACGAAACCAUGUACGGGGCUUGCGCUAAGCUAGUGCCUGCUGCCUUAAUGGUGCUGGCACACAUGCACUUCGCCAGAGCGCUCAUCUCUCCGCGUCCCACAGCUUCCCUCUCGUGGGACCAACCAGUCCUCCGGGGUCGGCCCAGUGUCUGGAGCGAAGACGGAUACGGCAGCAGCAGUUGGAAGCAUCAGCGGAUGCGGCGCGGGCGGCGUUGUGGCAACUUUCAUCAACGGCAACGAACAAGGGCACCGGCACUGGCAAUGCUUUUCGAAAAGAGACCAGAAGAGCGAGCUCUCGGGGACGUCCUGAUACCAGAGGAUUCCUCAGGAGGAGCCGGCGGCGGCAGCGGCGACGACGCCAUUGGGGUGUCGGUAGAGCCGCCGGGAUUCCUGAAGAGAGUGUUCUCCGUUCCGAAGAAUGUUCGACGAACCGCGGCCGCCGGAGACGUGGUGGUGCCUGUGAUAGGCGCGAGGGACGGGUGGGGAGGGAUUCGGCAGCGCCUCGCAGACCAAGGCAUCUAUCCGGGCGUCGAGUACCGCAUCCUCGAGCGCGGGGAUUGGCCAGUGCGCGUCCCCGCCAGGGAGUUCCCCGUGAUGCUGACGCCCUUCUCGUACAACGCGGCGACGGCGUGGGCGGCGUUCACGACCUCCCUGUCGCUGCUGUCGGUGGGCUUCGUGCUAAGCCAGGCGCUCACCCUGUCCGUGAUCAACAGCCACAGCAUGGAGCCGACACUCCAGGUCGGCGACGUGGUCCUGGUGGAGAAGGUCUCUCGGUCGUUCCUCGUCAAGCCGAACGACAUCGUCUACUUCAGGCCGCCCCCGGUGCUCCAGGACAUCGUCUCGAGGGCGGGGGGCUCCCUCUCCCCCAGCGACCUGUUCGUCAAGCGCGUGGCCGCCCUGUCGGGCGACACGGUCACCGUGGGCGCGGACGGGAGGGUGGACGUGCGCGCGGCAGCCGGCGGCGGCGGCGGUAACACGCGGCUGCCGAAGGGGACGAAUCGAGCCGAUAACGGAGGAGGGGCAGCGGGGGGAGAUUCUGACAGUAUUCUUGGGGACGGCGUCGCGGGGCAAGAGGGGAGUGCGGCUGCGGUGGCGGCGGCGAAGGGUGGGGCACUCGCGGAGGAGAAAGUUGCCCUCCCGGACAGCGUGCUGCAGCGAAUAGCGCGGCUGGACGAGAAGGUGCUGCCGUCGGGGAGCGUGUUUGUGCUGGGGGACAACCCGGCGGCAUCGAUGGACUCGAGAGUUUGGGGGCAGCUCGACAAAGGGGAGAUCGUUGGGCACGCGUUGCUGAGAGUCUUUCCCCCGCGGUCGUUCGGGCUUCUCCAGUAG